AUGAGCGAAGCUCCGCCUGACAAGUCCGCCGCAUCUUACAGUGCAACACCGGGUACUCACCCUGAAAAGAAUUCUGAUGAGGAGUCAUCGCUCCAGACCGCUGUCGUUGACUUCGACGAUGAGUAUCCUCACCCAAACCAAUGGCCUAUUGCUCGACGCUGGGCCAUCAUUGUGCUCAUCACCAUCUUGAAUAUGCUGGUCAACCUAUCCACCACGAUCGUGGCCCCGUCGCUAGACAGAAUAUGCGCCGAGCUGGACAUGGAUCCAAAUAUCGAAGGACCGCUGACCAUGUCAGCAUAUAUACUAAUGCUUGCGCUGGGGCCGCUGCUGCUGGCGCCCUUUAGUGAGCUGUGGGGGCGUGUCCCUUUGAUCCACGCCGGGAACCUGAUGUACAUGGUGUUCAAUCUUGCCUGCGGGUUUGCGCAAAAUAGGGCACAACUUCUCGCAUUUCGAAUCUUGUCAGGGUUUGGAAGCGGUGCAAGUCCUACCGUUGGAGUUGGAAUGGUUAGCGAUCUUUUCCCAGUCGAGCAGCGGGGCCAAGGACUUGCUGUCCUGAACAUGGCCUUCAUCCUCGCGACCCCAAUCGGUGCUAUCGUGGGCGGCUUCACCAGCUAUUCCGCAUCCUGGCGCUACGACUUCUACGCCACCUCUGCCGUGGCUGGUGUGUUAAUCGUCAUCAGCGCCUUUGUCUUCCGCGAGACAUAUCCCCCUGUUAUUCUUGGUCGCCGGAAGAAGCAGCUUCUCAAGAAUGAUCCUAAAGCAUUGUACGAUGACGAGCAGCGCACCCUCGCGGCCCUCUACACCAAGACCAUUAUACGCCCCAUGGAGUUCCUCACGACGCAGCCUAUUGUCAUGCUACUGUCACUCUACGCGGCCAUCAUCUACGGGACCACGUAUCUCAUCUUCUCGACCUUCCCGACACUCUGGGAACGGCACUACGAAGAGCCCAAGGAUCUCGCGUCGCUGCACUUCAUCGCACCUGGAAUCGGCUACUUCAUUGGUAUCCAGAUCGGCAUGUUCUCCGCCGACCGCAUAUACCUCGCCCUCAAGCGACGGAACCAGAAUGAAGGACGGCCGGAAUUUCGCCUCCCACUGCUAGCCAUCAGUGCCGUGUGCGUGCCACCCGCGCUGUUCUGGUAUGGUUGGACAGCCGAGGCGAAGCUGCAUUGGGCGGUGCCCAACGUUGCCAUCGUAGUCCUGAUGUGCGGAUGUACCCUUGUCUUCCAAUGCGUGAUGGCCUACUUUAUCGAUACGUUCCCGCUGUAUGGCGCGAGUGCAAUGGCGGCGUCGUAUCUCGCCAGAGGUCUCUGUGCCUUCGGCUUCCCCUUGUUUGGGCCUUCUAUGUACGAACGCCUCGGCUACGGGUGGGGAAAUAGCCUUCUGGGCUUCCUGGCCUUGGCCGUAGCGGUACCGGUGCCCUUGGUCCUAUGUUUCGAUACUACAUCAGUCGUGGGUAUGGCGUUUGCUCGCAGGUUAGCAAUCCUUCCCGGAGGCCUAGGUGGCCUUGGGUCCAGCAUAGGCCAGAAGCUCAGACAGCAAGGAGCUCGACUAGCCAUCUUGUACGCGCCCUUUGAGGCUGGGCGUCGAGACCAACUGCUAGAGUCUACGUACGGUCGGGUUCGCGACUCAGAUGAAAUCCGCACCUAUGAAUGCGACAUCACGUCGCCGGAAUCAGUCCAGUCGGCAUUCAAAGCACUGGACAAGGAAAUGGUCGAGCCAUCGUCUGUCUCUGUGGCUGAUCGGGCCUUUCCCAGUAUCCUAAUCAAUACAGCUGGUUAUGUCAACCUCAGUGAUAUGGAAUCGACGCCACCCGAGGACACCAUGAAGCAUCUCACCACGAAUGUCUUCGGACCAAUGCUGUGUUCGCAAGCGUUUGCUCGACUCUACUUCGCUGCGUCCAAGGCUGCAGAGUCGUCAACUAAUCCUCCGCCACCCGGAAGAAUCGUCAACAUCGCCUCGCAGGCCGCGCAUGUAGCACUGCCUCGGCAUAGCGCAUACUGCGCUUCUAAAGCCGCGCUCUUAGGAUUGACACGUAGUAUGGCUUCCGAGUGGGGAGGUCGUGGCAUCACGUCGAACUCUGUCUCCCCAACAGUAGCCUGGACCGAGCUCGGAAAGAAGGCGUGGGGACGAGAUGAUGUACGAGAGGCCUUUCUGAAGACGAUCCCGACCGGGAAAUUCGCUUUACCGGAGGAGGUCGCAGAUGCUGUUCUUUUCCUCUGUCAGGAUUCCAGUGGUAUGAUUAAUGGUGCCGACAUCAGGGUGGACGGUGGUUUUACCAUUCAAUGA